UUGGCGAAAUGAUCGAAGUUCGCAGCAUCCAUGUCGACGAUGCCACUAUGAGCGUUACUAUACCCUACUCCUUUGACUGUUAUCAUAAGAACGGUAGUUUGGCUCGCCGCCUCGACGUGGGCGUCGAGUUGAGGAGCCACUUCACGUUCUCAAACUCCGAGAACAAGCUCUUGGCCUUCGGCUGCGACACGCAGGUGUUCAUGAACGCCACCGAGUACAGGUUCGGCAGUGGUUGCAUCUCGCUCUGCGGUGAAAACUUAAACAUGUCGACCGAAACCUCGUGCUCGGGCUUCGGCUGCUGCCAGACAUCUGUACCAAAGCAUCUCAAGAAUUUGUCAAUAGUCAUGGGCAGCAUAAAUAAGCACAUCGAUGUCAACUCGUUCAACCCUUGUGGGUAUGCGUUCUUGGUGGACCAGAGGAGUUUCGACAUCUCCAAAAUGCGCCUGGAUUUUCUGCCCGAACAAGUGGAGAAUUCUAGCGUUCUGCUUGAUUGGGUUGUGGGAAAGCAGACGUGUGAGGAAGCUAAAUUGAAUACAUCUUCGUAUGUGUGCGGCGACAAUAGUGAUUGCCACUAUUUGGAGAAUGGUGGUGGAUAUGGUUGUCGGUGUUUGGAAGGAUAUAAGGGAAAUCCUUAUCUCAAGAAUGGAUGCCUAGAUAUCAAUGAAUGCUUGGAGCCAGAGAAAUACAAGUGCAGUCGAUGCCAAAACACAAUGGGAGGUUACAAAUGCAAGUGCCCGCUUGGGAUGCAUGGAGAUGGAAAAAAUGGAAAUUGUAGAGGAUUUAGCUUUACCACAAUUGCUACAGUUAUUGGGGCAAGCAUUUUUUUGGUUAUAAUAGCUUUACUCCUUUUCUACGACUACAAUAGAAGAAAAAGGGAGAAAAUAUUUAAACAAAAUGGUGGUUUGGUGUUAAAGCACCAAAGAGUGAGAAUCUUCAGCAAAGCAGAGCUGGCCAAAGCAACCAACAACUACAGCCAAUCUAAUUUCAUCGGCCAAGGUGGCUUUGCUUCAGUUUACAAAGGAGUUGUACUAAAUGAAACUAGUACUACUGCUACAACUACUCAACAAAUAGCCGUGAAGAAACCGAAACUUGAUAAGGACGAUCAAAACAAGAGCAUACUGAUGAACCACCAACAAUUCCAUGAAGAAAUCGCCAUUGUUUCCCAAGUCAACCACAAGAAUGUUGUCAAACUCUUAGGCUUAUGUCUUGAGACAAAGAUCCCACUUCUAGUUUACGAAUUGGUACCAAACGGAACCCUCUCUCAACACAUCCAUACUAAAAGAUCAUCUUCAUCAUCAGCCAUGUUAAGGCCUUGGAAAACUCGAUUAAGAAUUGCUACAGAAACUGCUCAGGCCAUUGACUAUUUGCACUCUUUGGCUCACCCUCCAAUCAUUCAUCGAGACAUAAAGUCGACCAACAUUCUCUUGGACGAAAACUACACUGCCAAAGUGUCUGAUUUUGGUGCCUCGGUGUUGAUACCUCCAGGCCAAACUGGUAUAGCCACAACAGUUCAAGGGACUCUUGGUUACUUAGAUCCAGAAUACUUGACUACUGGUACACUGACUACGAAGAGCGAUGUUUACAGCUUCGGUGUUGUUUUGGUGGAGCUAAUAACUGGAGAAAAACCAAUCUCAAAUGGGGUUAGAAUUAAAGCCAAGAGUAAUAAUAUCAUUCAAUAUUUUGUUUCAACAAUAAGAGAGAACAAGAGUGAGAGAUAUGUGGAGAAGAUAGUGGAUCCUGAUGUUAUUUAUGACGAAGAUCACGAAAAAGAGAUAGAGAUAGUUGCCGAGCUUGCAAUGAAGUGCUUGGAAGGACAUAGUGAAAGAAGGCCAUCAAUGAAAGAAGUGGUAGAAGAGCUUGUGGAGCUUAACAAGGUUAAAGGAAAUAAUAAAGCUCAACAAAACGAAGAAGAGACAUAUCAGUUACUCAUCGUUGAUCAUGAUUAGUCAUUAUUUUUCAUUAGCCAUGUGAAUAUUAGUUUAGAAUGAUCAAGUCGUCAAGUAUACCAUAUUUAUUAGGAAUCAGCAUUAUUUUAUCUUUCUUUACUGUUAUUUACUUUGUUACCGUUGGUUGGUUGUUACCGUUAUUUUGUCUGUUAGCUAAAGUGGUUAUAUGUUAUAACCAAUUCUGUUAGACACAAACAGACGUUUUAGUACGUAUAUAACUUUGUAUCCAACUCUGAGUUUUUCUCAAUUCAACAUCAAUAAA